AUGUCCGCCAAUGCCCACCCCUCCAUCGGUCCAACUCAGCCAUCUCCCAGACCGUGCCCAGACAUCUUCACCAUAAUCUGCUGCAACGACAGCUUCCAGCUCGCCCUCAGCCUCGCCGACAUCGAGACCCUGCUCCUCGUCUGCAAGCGGGCCCAGCCACUCCUGGACUCCAAAGUGAAUCGGCUUCGACACUGGUGCAAGGAGAACCGGCUGCACUCUCCAGACAGGCCGCUGCCGGAUCUCAUCUCUGCCAACGACUUGAUUGCCAUCUCGCUGCACUAUGGCGGCCAAGAGACUGCCGACCGAUCCUGGCUCGUUGCCUUGGCUGACCAGGGAAACCCUGCUGCGUCAUAUCUGCUGGCACGAAUCCUGCAAGCCAAUCUCGCUCACCGGCAGCCAGUGACUCGGUCCAAGCGGCGAGAAACUCAACAAGAAAUCGCCCAGCACCUGGAAACGGCUGCCAACGCAAAGCAUCCAAUGGCACAAUUCCACCUGGCCCACUCCUACCGCAACGGACUCGGAGUCUUCCAAGACUACACCAAGGCCGUCGAGCUGUACCGCACACUUGCAGAUCGUGGGAUGCCUCAGGCUCAAAUCGCCCUUGGCUGCUGCUAUGAAGGCGGCGAGAGUGUCGACCAAGACUUUGACACAGCCAUUGAGUGGCAUUCCAAGGCCGCAGAUCAAGGCAAUUGGCUGUGUCGGCACCUCACUGCCGUGUGUCUGGUUCACGGAGUCGGAGUUCCGGAGGACCAAGUGACGGCCGCAGGCAUCUUUGAGCAGCUCGCAAACGACGGUCAUAAUGACAGCCAGGUGCAGUUGAGAACAAUGUAUUUCUAUGGUCGAGGAGUGGAGCCAAACCUCACAAAAGCAUUCCAGUGGUGCCAACAAGCUGCAGACCAAAACAACUCCUUUGGACAGUGGAUGCUGGGUACCUGUUAUCGCCGGGAUGACCCAAUCUUCAAAGACUUGAUCAAGGCCGCCCAGUGGUUCCACAAGUCGGCCGAACAGUGCAAUCGGUAUGGACAAGACUCUCUUGGCUACUGUUACCGAUCUGGUGAGGGUGUGGCCAGAAAUCUCCAUACCUCCCGCUUCUGGUUCAAUAAGGCCGAAGAUCAAGGUAUCCACCACGCUUGGCACAGAGUCAAAGUCGUUCAUCGAGAUUCCAACACCCGAAACAAACGAGUAUGUCGGAUUCAGUGA